AUGUCUGCCGAAACCCCAGCAGAAGCGAGCGAGGACCAGCGAGCCUCGCUCACUUCCCGAAUCCUUCCUGUCAUGACCUUCUCGGAGGGGUCAAGUCCCCUCACACGCCCCCUCGCUCCAGUACCCUUUACAUCUGCUCGCUCGCGGGCAGAAGCACGAUUCCAAGUUCAAGGGAAAGCCAUAGUCACCGGUGGAGCAGGAUCCCUAGGCCUAAUCUCUGCACAGGCUCUCCUAGAGCACGGUCUUUCCUCACUGUGUGUCAUGGAUCUCCCCAGCACGUUCAAGACAUCAGAAGAACAAAUCCAAUCACUAGCAUCGAAGUUCCCCUCUGCCAAUAUAACCAAGAUUCCAUUGGACGUGACAUCAAUGGAAUCAAUCGAAGCCGCAUUUGAGCAGGCAAACAAUGCAAUGGAAGGCAUCGAUAUUCUUUGCUGCUUCGCCGGAAUCCCCGGCUGUCAACCAUCCCUCACAGUAACACCCAAUCAGUUCAACAAAGUGAUAGACGUCAACCUGAACGGAUCUUUCUUCUGCGCCCAGGCAGCAGCAAAGCGCAUGGAAUCCUCAGGCAAAGGCGGGUGUAUUUUAUUCACUGCGUCGAUGUCCGCCCAUUAUACCAAUUUCCCACAGCCGCAAGCGGCUUACAACUCGAGCAAGGCUGGGGUUGCGCACCUGACUCGAAAUUUGGCUGCUGAGUGGGCUGUUCAUGGGAUCAGAGUGAAUAGUAUUAGCCCCGGGUAUAUGAAUACCAUCCUUAAUGCUGGGGAUAGUUUGGCGGAUGUUAGGAAGAUUUGGGACUCUCGUUGUCCGAUGGGCCGCAUGGGGGAUCCCGAGGAGAUUACUGGGGCUGUUGUUCUCCUGUGUAGUCAGCGUGCAGGACGGUACAUUACUGGUGCUGAUAUUGUUCUUGAUGGGGGGACUUUGACUCUGUGA